AUGGAGGGGCUCCACGGGGAGCUGGGAGCCGCGCUGAUCGAUGGGAGGGAGAGAGAGAGGGAGUGGGAGAUCGGAGAGGGGCAAAGAAGGAGAGAGGAGCUAAUAGGGAGGGAGAGGGAGAGAGAUGAGAUAGAGAGGGGGGAGAGAGAGAUGAGGGGAGAGGAGGAGAGGAGAGAGUGGGGAGAGAGAGAGGAGAGAGAGGAGAGGAGAGAGAGAGAAGGAAGGGAGGAGAAUAAGAGAGGGGGAGAGAGAGAGGAGAGAGAUAGGAGAUAG